ACUCACUCAAACCCUAAAAACACACACAAAACUGUUACAAUGAAGAAACCUUCAGUAGUCUCUUUUCUCAUCACUCUCAUGUUGGCUGCAGCUGUCUGCAUCCAAGGACAAAGACCGGACGAUGUGAAGGACACCAACGGGAAUUCAGUUACAUUACGUAAGGGAAAGUACUUCAUCCAGCCGGUGAAGACGAAAAGUAACAACGGAGGUGGUCUUGUCCCAGCCGCCAUUACUAUACUUCCCUUUUGUCCACUUGGCAUCACCCAGACUCUCCUUCCAUACCAACCAGGCCUACCAGUUGGCUUCGAUUUACCAUACGAAACAAUGGACACCACCGUUAGGCUAUCUGUACCUGUAACUAUCGAGUUCAAGUCAGACAUCUGGCCGGUCUGCAACGAAUUUUCCAAGUUCUGGGAAGUCGAUGUUUCCUCAUCGGCUCCCAAAGAACCUGACGUUCUCAUCGGUGGUAAAGCACAUGAGAAAAAUAGUUGGUUUAAGAUCGAGAAAGCCGGAGAAGGAGCAGGAGCAAACACUUACAAGUUGACCACCUUAACCGGGACCGUUGGAGCCACCCCAGGGUCGUGGCUUAACGCACCACAACUAUUUGUCACCAAUGAUACGGCUAAGACCUUACUCGUCAAAUUCAGCAAGGUGGAUGAUGCUACUACGGCUACUACUUCUACUUCUCGGGUUGAGAAGUUAGGUCUAAAAAUGUUCCCGUUCUACUAGUCAACUGUUCACAAUCAUGUAACAUAAAAGCCUGAGACUCGUACGAGUCCAUGGCCAAAAAUAAUGGGUUGAGAUAAUACCCGCAUGCAUGUUUUUACUUUUCAUAAAUAAAAUAAAAUUAUCCUUUCCAGCA